AUUGUUUUCCUUUUUUCUUAAACUUCAGACGUUUUUACCGUAGACUGUGUUUUUUUUAUAUAUAUACAUGAGCAAAGGUCUCGUUAAGAUCUCGUUCUUAUCCUCUCGCGAUAUUUCCCGAGUAUCGGAGAUAUGGAAGAAAACACAACGGACAACAAUGAUUUCGCCUCGAUUUACACAAGAGACAGUCUGGCCAAAGAGUCGUGUCAGGAAUAUGACAGUGCUCAGGAGAGGGUUUUUAAGAUAAUAGUCAUUGGGGAUUCAAAUGCUGGAAAGACGAGUCUAACUUACCGCUUUUGCGGUGGUAAAUUUCUCCAAAAUCCCGAGGCAACAAUCGGAGUAGAUUUCAGGCAGAGAACCAUUCAACUUGAUGGAGAAAACAUAAAGUUGCAGAUCUGGGACACGGCGGGACAGGAGCGCUUCAGGAAGAGUAUGGUGGAGCACUACUACAGAAACGUGCAUGCUAUCAUCUUUGUGUACGACGUGUCCAGUCUGCCUUCAUUUGAGAGUCUUCCCGAGUGGAUUGAGGAGUGCAGCCGUCACUCAGUCCCCCCCAUGGUCCCACGCAUACUAGUUGGAAACAAAUGUGACUUGAGAGGAAUGAGAGAGGUGUCCACGUUUUUAGCUCAGCGACUGGCUGAUAACUACAACUUCCCGCUUUUUGAGACGUCUGCAAGAGACCCUGCGGAAAAAGAGCAUGUCGAUGCCAUUUUCCUCACGCUGGCCUACAGGCUGAAGAAUCACAAGCCCCUGAGACUGAAACAGUUGAGUGAGAGCAGCUUCAUACAGCUCGCUGAGGAACAGGAGAACUCACUCUGUUUAUGCUAAUGCUAAUGCCCUUUGGCCCAUAAAGUUGAAUGCAAUAAAUUAGGGUGACGUUCUGAAUUAAGAUAAGACAUAAAGAGUGAUUGGGAGAUAUACAGUACAGUAUAUCUCUAUAGGAUUUCAUUUGGUGCAUAUGCAGUUUACAGUAGAAAAUUAUGAAGGUUUUGUUUUGUUUAACCACAUAUUAUGAAGCAAGUGAUGGUUAUAUGUCUUUCUGUUAUUUAAGAGUGUUAUUAACGCUUCAGAAACACGCUCAAUGACAUGAAAAUCCUGUUAUGAUAUUUUCAGUCUGUAAUAACUUUGCAUGUUGUUUCACGGUCACAUUUAAUGUGUAUGGAUCUAUCAUUAUAACUUCAGGUUGCUAUGGGGAAACUUCUAAAGGUCUGACGUAUCAGAAACACAUUCUGAUUAUUGUGCACCGUCAGCUUUCUGGUAUGUUUAUGGUUACAGAUAAUUAUUAUUAUAUUUACUCUGUGCUUCAUUUGAAAAUUUUAAUUUGAAAGCAUAUAUUAUAUGCAAACUCAAUCGAAACUGUGGUGUAAUCAUAGACUGUAUAAAGGGUGUAAUGCACAAGUUAAGCUAUAACUGACUCCAUCAUGAACACUAGUGGGCGCAACUGUCAAGGCAUUAUUUCAGAGCAUUAUGAACUACAAAACAAUUCGAUUAGAAACAAGGGAAAGCAAAGCACACUUUAUUAUAAAUAUGAGCAGUUAUAUCCUCAAUGCAUUUGUGAUGUGUUUGAUGUCUUUUACAAGCAAACCCAUGCUUCAAUAAGACUUCAACAUGAUUUAAUUUGGUUUUUUUUAAAACGUUCAUUUGGAAAACAGGGAAUGUAUUGCACUUUAAAUUGAGGUUAAGUUUGUCUGGAUUAUUCAGCAUCAUGUAUAAUUUGUUGUACUUGAGAGAGAAAAUGUGAUUGUGUAGUUUGGAGUGACUGUCAGAAGUGUUUUGAAAGUGAAUAUGAAAAUAAAAUGUGCAAUAAAGUAAGUAUUUUGAUA